CCUAUCAUCGAUCCGCAUUCCACCUGAAACCAAGCGAAAAGCAACAUUACGUACCGCGUUUCGUUGGCGUUCCGCGCUUUCUCUUCUCGUGCAGUACGAAGUUUUCUCAAGAUGCACACCGCACGUCAGGCCGCAAAUGCAAACAAACGGAACCAUUGGACGCGAGAGGAAACGCUCGGACUGCUGGACAUCCUGCGCACAAGCUGCCUCUCUUACCUCGACGGAUCAAUCAACAACCGCAAAGGGCAGAUGUACCGGCAGAUCCAGAACGAAAUGAUGCGCCGCGGGGCGUUCAAACCGCGAGACCCCCGCCAGAUCGAGCACAAAUGGAAGAACCUCAAGUUCGCGUACGAAAAGUACAAAAACGAGCAGGGUAUACGGGACCCCGAGGAAGUGAGACCUUGCGAUUACUUCGCAGAGCUCGAGGAUCUGUUCGAUCUGGUUGCCAGCCGGGCCGCCAUUAUGGCCUCCUCGGCCGAUGAAGAAAUCACGGGCGCGGUCACCUACUACGAGGAGGAAUUCGUUGCCGAUGAAACGGAGGACCUGUCCGUCGAUGAGGACGCGGUAGUGAUCGAAGAGAUCGUGUACGAUUCCCAGGACGCACUCGAUUUUGCAGAGGGACCGGCGCCCUCGACGAGCACGAUGACGAAAGCGACCCCGCAAACGAAGCGCAAGAAGCUGACGGCGGAAAACAUGAACGGGUUGCUGCUCCGGAUCUCUACGCUGCAGAAGGAACACAACGACACGUUCAACCGCAUGCAGAUGGAGCUGAUCGAGAACGAGUUCGAGUCAUUCCGGGAGAAGGAAAAGGAGCACCUGCUGCAGCUGAAGCUCGACCUGGAGGUGCUGAAGCAGAAGUUUCUCGACCGGAUACAGAAGAUCGCCCAGGGUGACUCACCGCCCGACGCCGGGGAUGAGACGGGAGCGGCAGGCAACGAACCAAAACGGCGCCGGAUUGGUGCGGGUGUGGCCAAGCGGAAGUAACCGUGCGUGCGACUAGCUAAUGUUGUAAAAUAUAUGCAAAAGAUGUACCUAGUUUAAGGAAAAGAUUUAACUUGGGGAGGCAACCGUCGUUGGCUUCGUUUAUUAGAAAGCCUGUAUUAAUUACGUUCUCAUCCCUUCUCGAUUAUGUAAAUCUACCCUCAGUCUGAUAAAAAAAUUGAACGAAAUAAUA